AUGGGUUUUUCAGUAGACGUGCCAGGUCCCUGGGACUUCGCCUAUUUGGGCGACUGUUCCCUGGCGCAUGCGGCGCAGAUCCGGGAGGAGGACUGGAGCCGCGGCAAGCGCUGGGUGCCGGAUGCCUUUAAUGCCAGGGAGUGGCUCUGCGAAGAACCAUGUCUGGACGGGACCCAGCCCUGCUACCGCUGCUGUGUUGAUGGUUGUCCCGGGCACAGGGAAUGCUGCGACCUGGUGGCCCUGGGCCGCCGCGGUGUGGUGGCCUACCGCACCUUCUUGGAACCGCAGGUGAGCCUGUUGUACUUCCGCGGCUGCGGACUGCACUGUGUGAUCUUCUUGGACCGCGUGAAGGUCAAGGAGCAUGAGGGCAGCUACAGUCCCUUCUGGGUGGACCUGACGGUGGAACACCCCGUGGUCCCCGAACUGCUGGUGCUGGCGGACAGUCGCUUCGGCACCUUGCAGCGUCUCUACUUCGAUUGGUUUCAGCCUGGUGGGCUGCUACGCCCAGUCGAGGCUCACGUUUUGCUGGAGCCCACUUGUUAUCUGCACUCGGUGGCGGUAACGCCGCUAGGGGGAGCUGAAAUCAUGGUAACGGUGAAAGUGGCAGAGGGCUGUCCAUCGACGAGCCUCGAGGUUCAUCUCUCCUUCGACGGCGCUGCGCCCAGCCGCCGCCCGGUCACGGGCGCCACGGGCGCCGCGUGGCGGGAGACGGUGCCGGGGGCGCGGCCGUGGAGCCCUGCGAAUCCGGCGCUGCAUCUGCUGACGCUGGCGCUGCUGAUGGAUGGACGGCAGGUGGACUCCAGCACUGUGCGUUUCGGGCUGCGCCGCAUCGAAGCGCGGCAAGGGCAGCUGCUGCUCAACGGGCAGCCGUUGAUGCUGUUGGGGCUGAACCGCCACGAGAGUCACCCAAAGGGCGGUGUCUACCUGCCCAUGGGGCAACUUCUUGAAGACAUACAACUGCUGAAACAGCUGGGUGCAAACUUCGUCCGGGGCGCGCACUAUAGCCAGGAUCAGCGUUUCUUGGACCUUUGUGAUGAGCAUGGCAUAUUGGUCUGGGAGGAGACGGUGGCAUGGCAACCCAGCUUGGAGGAUCUCAUGGAUGAGACCUUCAUGGCGCUUCAGGCACAGGCUUUGGAGGAGACCAUUGAUGCCUCCAUGAACCAUCCAAGUGUGAUCAUUUGGGGUUUCCUCAACGAGGGCGCCUCCAACGAAAUCGCCAGCCGCCAGGCCUACGGAACCCUGGCCGCCCUGGCGCGCAGCAAGGAUACCUCUCGCUUGGUGACCUGGGCCUCCAGGCAUAAGACCCGGGAUGUGACGUUGGAUUUGGCAGAUGUCAUUGCCUUCAAUGACUAUCCAGGUUGGUAUGACGCCUCCGUCAUGGAAAUCCCCGAGACCUGGGAGAGCUAUGCGGAAUGGGCGCGGGCCAAUCAUCCAGGCAAGGCGUUACUGCUGGCCGAGGCUGGUGCUGGUGGUCUGGCGGGCUGGCGCAGUCGUCCUGGAGAGGAGGACAUGUGGUCCGAAGAGCGGCAAGCCUCCAUCAUAGGGGCCACAAUCUCAGCCGCUAUGGCUUCGGGAUUUAGUGCCGUGGUGCUGUGGCAGUUCGCCGACUGCCGGGUGGAUCCUGCUCUUUUUGCCGUGCCGUCGCUGGAGGAGCUCCCAGGGCUCCCGGAGCCGUUGCUGAACGUCUCCGAGUCAGCCGAGUGGAUGGAACGUCUGGCGGUUGGCUAUCAGAUCACCAACAGCCCUUUCGGUUUUCACCAAGCACUACGUCCACGCAAUUUGAACAACAAGGGGCUGGUCUCGAUCUCCAGGCAGCACAAGAAGUUGUCCUUCUACACCGCACAGGCCGGUUUCCGCCUCUGUGACGCUUCCGUUGCUUCGGUGGUGCCUGGCGUGCCGCUGGCACCGGCGUCUGAAGAGCUGGUGGAAGUGAGAGCGCUGGAGCAGGGAGGUUGUCCUGGUUGCCACCUUGCAGUGCACACUUGGAAUGUGGCCGACAGGCCUCCGGGCGAAGCUGGGGUGCGCGUGCACGGGCAUCGCUUGGCUCAGCGGCGCAGCCGCUGGGGGCUGCGACGUGGCUUUCUGAGACUGGCAGGCCAUGCAGACGGCCGUUCCACUGCUCUGGGCGGCUUCCUGACGGUGUCAGGCCGCGUUGAGCGACGUGGUACGUCGAGCGACGUUUCGGUCAGGGAGGCCGCCAUGAACUUGUGGAGAUGGGAAGCCGCGCCCGGCCGUGAGGGCGUGAUGCUUCGCGUCAUCGCGGGCGAAAUGUGCGGCACACUGCUCUCCCUACAGGGGGCGGAACGUGAUGAGAACUCGGUCUAUGCCAUGGUCCACAUGGAUCCUUCGCUGGCCACCAUCUUCCACUUGCAGCACGUCUGA